AUGGAUGAUUUAAUUAGCCAGUAUAAGAGUACAUCAGAUAAUGAUAUCAAAUACAUGAUAUUAAGACAACUGGGGCAAAUGCAGGUCCCAGUAGACGAUUUGAGAAGAUUAGUAUCUGAAAUUCUAAUUGUUACAUUAUUGGAGGAGCCUGAUAUGGAAUUAGUCAAUUUAGUAUCAUUUCAAACUUAUGUUACUAUUGCGAUUCAAUUUUAUGAUGAUCCUAUUAUGUUAAGUUCUGUAAUUCUUCGUCCCUUGAUAUAUCAAGAAAGUGAUAAAUUAUUACUGGUGAGGAUUCAGACAGUGAGAAACAUUCUGAAAGGCUUGAUUGCCAAAAGAGGAACUAGACAACAGCCAUCUACAUCUACUAAUAAUAGUCUCGAUGUAAUGCAUGAUGAGGAUCAAUUGGUUCCUAGGUUCGUCUAUAUUAUGAAAAAUCAUAGUUUUGAUGGUGGCAUUCAAAUGGUACUUAAUGAAACGUUACCCAUGCUGCUUCAACUCUAUUAUGAUGGUAAAUCUGAACUGUUACCUAAUGUAACUGCCAUUGAGAUACUAGAGCUAUUUAAUAGUGAUGAAACAUUGGAUGCUGUAAAAGAUGCAAUAGUGAACGAAACUGUAUUAUGUAUGGAUCAUCGUAUAAUGCCGGAUGUGUUAAUUGUUGUAAAGUUAUGUCUUUUAAAGUCUAUGGUAAGAGUGUGGUACCAGUUUGACUUGGUUAUUGAUGAUCUAUUCGAGAAAUUUAUAAUACCAACCCUAAAGAAAGACAAUUUUGAGCACAUUUUGAUGACUUUGGAAAUAAUGCAUUCAUUGGCUCCUUUUUUCACCAUCAAUUCAAUGCUUACAGGACAGAAGAGAGUAUCACCAAAUAUAAUAGAACUGGUGAAGGAAAGCUUAGUCUCCGUUUCAGAAAUUAUUUUAAGGUUAUAUAAGAAUGAACAUAGUAUUAUCAACUCUGGUAAUAGCAAUGAUGAUGAUAUUCUUUCAAUGGAAGGUGCUGAUGGUGAUGAGGUAGUAGAUAUUGAUCAACAGGAAUAUCUUGCCGAGUUAGAAUCAAAUUCUGGAGAACAAGAUGAUGAGAUUUUGUUUGAAGAUGACGCUUCUCAUGAUAGUUUCACGAUAGAUGAGGCUAAUGAAAAUUUUACGCAUUUUAAGGAGAUUAUCAGAUAUAUUACGUUACUUCUAACAGAAAUUCGGGUUCCUCUUAACCAAAAAUAUGAUACGUUGAUUGCAAGGCUAGUGAAAGAGCAUAACUUAUUAUUCAAGAGACAAGUUAGUUCAGACGAAAUUUGGGAGUCAAAUUUAACACAGGUUGGGUGUAUGGGUACUCUGGUUUCUUUGGAUUCGGUUUAUAACAAGUUGUCUAAAUCGAAUUCGUUGGAAUCAUUCAAUGAAAAUGACGUUGUUUUCACCAUACAUGAAACUUUACUUUCUACUAAUGAACUCUCAGUUUUGCAGUUAAUACUUGAGAUACUUGAUCAAUUGACAACAAAGGAAUACUCUCAAAUGGUGUGUAUAAAAGACUCGCUUUCUGAGGUGCUUAUGUGGUUCCUUCCCUUAUUUAAACCUAAUAAACUUUUCAUUAAAACAUUAAAGGUAGGCAACAUGAAACAAAAAAUUGAUGAAGGUACACCCCUCAGAGUAAUGCUUUAUACUGUACUCCUAAAAUGUGCUAAUAGAAUGAAUUACAAGGCGAGCUGUGAGGUCCUGAAACAAGCAACAAAAUAUGGACUCAAAGACAGAGACGAUGGUAUUCGAGAAAAGCAAGCCCUAUCAUUGAUCAGAAAUAUAAUUGAGCAUCAUUAUACGACGUUUCUAGGUAUAGAUGAAGAAUGGUACCGUUCCGAAAUUGUAGAUGGCUUACUCAAGAUGGCGGAGAAAUUAGGAUUCGAUUCACCUUCCGCAAGUCUUCUUCUCAGCUUAGUAAGGAAAUUUCCACCGCGAAUUCAAGACUAA